AGGCGCAGAGGUCGCAGAGAAGAAGCCCAUCGCUUCAUGUUCUUUCACAGCCUGAAUGUAGCUUAACUCGACUCGGCCAAAGCUGCUGGCUUGUUUUUUUUUCUGCAAAUGAUUAAACGAAAGGAAAUUAUGAGUGAAAACAUCUGGGUGCGGCACACUUUAGAAGAAAAGGCUUCGCUCUGUCGGAGGUCGUACGCGUUUUUGCCUUUUGUAUUUCCUUGCUGAAUGUCGUGGACAUUUUGGAUUUUUUUUUUUUAAUGCUCCGUGCCAGUAAGUCUUACGAAGUAAGGACCGCUUUGCUCUUGUCUUCGCCCUCGGUCGGUGUGUUUGAGUAACAUCUGGAAGGCGAAUACUUUUAAGACUGAAAACAACCGGGAACGACAACGUUAAGUAACUUGAGGACGGCUCGCUGGGGAGACUGUGACUGGGCCAGCCCCGAGUUUCUCUUUAAGUGGGCAACAUUAGCUAGCUGCUAACACUAGCAAAACCCCACUGAACUACCACCAGGAAAAAAUCUCCAAAGCUAGCUAAUGUCUUAUUCUCGUAAUAUUUUUUUGAUAGUAGCUCCUUGCACAUAACCUGGACAUCAUCACAUGAGACACUGACUCUACAUUAACUCAGAUAAGCAAGUUGCUGCUGUUGGAUCUAUCAUCUGCCAUCCACUGGCAUCCAGGCGCUUGAGUCCUAAAUGACAAGUGACUGAGGAUGUCCAAGCGGAGCUUGUUUGUUCGUCUGGUGCCGUGCCGCUGCUUGCGGGGUGAGGAGGAGACGGUGACAUCGCUGGACUACUCCCACUGUAGCCUGGAGACUGUUCCUAAGGAGAUCUUUAGCUUUGAGAAGACCCUGCAGGAACUCUACCUCGAUGCCAACCAGAUCGAGGACCUGCCCAAACAACUGUUUAACUGCCAGUUACUACACCGACUGAGCAUGCCAGAUAAUGACCUAACAGUGUUGCCGGCAGCGAUUGCAAACCUCAUCAAUCUCAGGGAGCUUGACGUCAGCAAAAACAGUAUCCAGGAGUUUCCAGAAAACAUCAAGAACUGCAAAGUCCUAGCUAUCGUAGAAGCCAGUGUGAAUCCCAUAUCCAAGCUCCCAGAAGGCUUCACCCAGCUGCUGAGUCUGACGCAGCUCUACCUGAACGAUGCGUUUUUGGAGUUCCUACCAGCCAGCUUCGGCAGGUUGACUAAACUACAGAUCUUGGAGCUGAGGGAGAACCAGCUAAAGAUGUUGCCAAAAAGCAUGCAGAAACUCAUGCAGCUGGAGAGGUUGGACCUGGGGAGUAAUGAGUUCACUGAAGUGCCUGAGGUGUUGGAGCAGCUGACUGGAAUCAAGGAGCUGUGGAUGGACGGGAACAGGCUGACUUUUCUACCUGGGAUGCUUGGGACACUGAAACAGCUGGUAUACCUGGAUGUGUCUAAGAACAACCUGGAGAUGGUGGAUGAGCAGAUCUGCGGCUGUGAGAGUUUGCAGGACCUCCUGCUCUCCAACAAUGCCCUCACUCAGCUGCCCGGCUCCAUCGGCUCACUGAAGAAACUGACCGCACUGAAAGUGGAUGAGAACCAGCUGAUAUACUUGCCGGACUCUGUUGGAGGGCUGACGUCUCUGGAGGAGCUGGACUGCAGUUUCAAUGAGAUCGAAGCCUUGCCCUCUUCCGUCGGCCAGUGUGUCGGCAUCCGCACCUUUGCUGCAGAUCACAACUUCCUUACCCAGCUUCCCCCUGAGAUGGGUAACUGGAAGAAUGCAACUGUGCUGUUUCUACAUUCCAACAAGCUGGAGUCUUUGCCCGAGGAGAUGGGUGACAUGCAGAAGCUCAAGGUCAUCAAUCUCAGCAACAACAAGUUGAAGAAUCUUCCUUACAGUUUCACUAAGCUGAACCAGAUGACUGCAAUGUGGCUGUCUGAAAAUCAGUCAAAGCCCCUGAUCCCUCUCCAGAAAGAGGAGGAUCCGGAGACGCAGAAAACUGUGCUGACGAACUACAUGUUCCCCCAGCAAACCAGGACGGAGGACUACAUUCCCAACUCUGACUCUGAGAGCUUUAAUCCGGCUCUGUGGGAGGAACAACGCAAGCACCGAGCUCAGGUGGCCUUUGAGUGCGACGAGGACAAGGAUGAAAGAGAAGCACCCCCAAGGGAGGGAAACCUGAAGCGCUACCCUACACCAUACCCAGACGAGCUGAAGAACAUGGUGAAGACAGCCCAGUCUGUGGCUCACCGGCUGAAGGAGGAUGAGUCGAGUGACGAGUCGGGGAAAGAUCCAAAACCAGCUGAGAGGAACCAUAUUGGAGUGCAGGACGUGGGUGUUAAGGUGAUAGAGACCCCCUGCCCCAACGGCUUGGCAUCAGACAAGGAGCCCCAAGUAUCUGCCAACACAUUUGCCCAAAAUUCCUCUGCGCCAGAAUUAAAAGACACUUCAGACACGUCCAACAGCUCCCAGAAAGUCCCACUCAAAUCUUCAGAGGGCUCUAUGAUGAACCAUGAGGACACACUGGAGGAUUCUGAGGAGCUGUCAGAUGAAGAAGAGGAGAUGAAAAUUGCAGAGAUGAGACCCCCCCUUAUUGAGAUCUCCAUCAACCAGCCCAAAGUAGUGACUUUAAGUAAGGACAAAAAAGACGACGGGAAAGACGCAGACUCUUUGCUGGAUGACACAGUGGCCAACAGCAACCAGAACAACAGCAACUGCUCGUCACCAUCACGCAUGUCUGACUCAGUGUCUCUGACCACCGACAGCAGUCAGGACAACUCUCUGUGCACGCCCGAGAGAGAGGCAAAGAUGCCCUUCCUCCCAAAAAGCCGGCAAGAAGAUGAGAAUAUGAACCAGCCUAAGGACACCACCCCUCUCCUCCAUAAUGGUAACGGCUCUGAAACGUCCCUUCAAGCCCUUUUGAAAACCCAGCAGACCCCACCAGAAAGAAUGGGUGACUACGACCUGUCCAUGGAAGCCAGAUUGGCCUUCAUUGAGAAGGGAAUUAACAAUGCACACCUGCAAGACACCUACACCAAGUGGGAUCAGAUCAAUAUGAACGUGUCCAAGCUGCCAACCGACAACAUGGUUCAGCUGGAUGAGCUGGACAAAACCAAGAACGGUUCAGUAGCAGACUUAGACAGCAAGCAGGGUUUUAGCAAUGACAACCUGGAGCAUUUGCAGAAUGGAAACCAGCAGGUGAGUGACUGCAUCAACAGUCUGGGGAACAAAAGCCAAGCAAUGAGAGUGGAGACAUCUGCUGUGCAUGUGGCCUCGACAGGCGUGACAGCCAGCAGUGACAUGUCUCUGUCUCGCAGCACAGAGGAACUGUCUCCAGAGAAAAGGUGCCAUCCCCCGCAGGUGAUGAAGUCUCACAGUGUCAGCAACAUAGAAACAGGGGGCAUGAGGCUGUACUCCUUUGAUGGGGAUGACAGUUCCUAUGAUACAGCGGCAGUGAUGAGGAUGGCAGGAGCCGGCCCAGGGCCAGGAGCGCAGGGCCAGAGCAUAGUGAGGAGCAAGUCAGCCAGUCAGCUGCUCAACGACCAGAUUCUCCAGGUCUACCCCAGCUCCUCCGCAUCUUCCUCAGACCUGCUGGCCUCCUCUAAGCCUCCUGCCAGCACCAGCAGAUAUCCAGUCUCCUCCAGCAUGGCCAUGGGCCUCCCUCCUCCUCAGUACAAUAUCCAGUACACAAGCAGUGCCAUGUCAAAAGAGGGCCUCUGGGCCCAGAGGAUGCCCAUGCCCCCAGAGCACCAAGGCUACCUCCCUCCUCCUCCACACUCACUAGCCAACACCAACUACUCCAAUCGUAAUCAGGCACCACCCUACCCUCUUCAGCCCCAGCAAAGGGGGCCUCCCAUGGCUCCCAAACCCUCUGGGGACAUGUGGGCUAAGGAGAGACUUCAUUCUACCGGCAGCCAGCCUAGAAGCAGCACUCUGCAGAGGCAAAGCAGCACCGCCUCCACAGCUUCCAUGGGCGACCCGAGGCGCAUGCAGGUGCCCGAGGGGGAGUACAUGACGUACAGGGACAUUCACACCCUCGCCAGGGGGCCGCUGGCGAUGAGCCAGGCCAUGCAGAGGCCCCUCUCAGCUCGCACUUACAGCAUCGACGUACCCGGAGCUUCCAGGCCUCUCAGCGCCCGGCCGCAGCCCCACGAGCUUCCAGAGAGGACCAUGUCUGUCUGCGAUUUCAACUACCAGCAAAGCAGCCCCAGCAAGAGGCCCAACACCAGGGUGAAGUCUGAGCACUCGCUCCUGGACGGUCCCGGACAGGUGUCAGGAGGGGUCGGGGCAGGAAGGGUGCCAGCAGACUGGAGAGACCAGGUGAUGCGGCACAUCGAGGCCAAGAAAAUGGAAAAGAACGCGCUGUCUCGCUCCUAUAAUUCCAAUAACGCUCCGCUGAGCUGGUCUCACUACGGCAGCUGUAGGGAUAUGCAUGCCAGCCAAGGGUCUCUGGUCUUUAGCGCCAGAGAGGGACAGUCCUACGGCGCUCUGGGCUUCUGUGAUGACGUGUAUGGUCCUCAAGGGCAGCAGAGCUACACCAUGGACCCCCACAGAAAAGUGCCUUUGAUGAACGGUCAGAUGGCCCCUUCUAGUCGUCCUCAGAUGAGCCAGGCGUCCAUGGCCCGCCACCCCUCCAGAGAGCAGCUCAUUGACUACCUGAUGCUCAAAGUCUCCCAGCAGCCCCCAGGGCCCCCCCGCCUCCCGCAAGACGCGAUGCAGCAAGAGAUCCGCGUGAAAGUGGAGAAGAAUCCAGAGCUGGGUUUCAGUAUAUCAGGAGGAGUGGGAGGCCGAGGAAACCCCUUUCGUCCAGACGACAAUGGCAUAUUUGUGACAAGGGUCCAACCUGAGGGACCGGCAUCCAAGAUCCUCCAGCCUGGAGAUAAAAUUAUCCAGGCAAAUGGAUACAGCUUUGUGAAUAUCGAUCAUGGGAACGCAGUGUCCCUCCUGAAGACGUUUCCAAACACUGUGGAUUUGACUAUCAUAAGAGAAAUGCAAGCAUAGACUCAGCUGAAACUGACCUCUAAAGGGUGGGCGUGGGUGAGAGGGGAUGGGGGGGGAAUUGUGGAGGACAGAAGAGGAGAGAAAUUUAUGAUUGACUCUCAUAUUUUUAUACACAGAAGAGACUGAUCUGUUGAUACCUGUUGGGACUAUUUAUACUAGAGAUCUUCAGAGCCUUGAUUAAACGGGGAAAACCACUGAAUGUAGUGGAUCAAAGUGAGACGGCAGCAAACAUCUGCGAGUACGAGUCCUCAAAAGGCCAUCACUGUGGUAUAUAUAUUUUUAUACAAAAGAAGCUGAAGAUAUGACCUGACCUGCUCUGAUGCAAAUAAUUACUGUGGUCUCUGUACAGAUCAUCUUUCUUUUCUUUUUUUUUCUUUUUUAAUCCAAAACUCAUAAAUCCUUUACCAUAAAUUGGGUUUUAUUUCUGUAGAUGGACGUGAAUUGACCACUAGGGGGGCAGGGCUCCCUCUCUUCUGUCAUCCAUUUUGCCUUUCUUUGUUUCUUCUUUUUUUUUUUAAUUUAAGAUGUUGAAACCGUUUUUUCUGGUGUGCCGAGCGACCUUUUGUGGAGGACACUGUUAUGUGCUUUUCAUGUGGAGACGAAUGUAGAUCAAGGUGGUGUUUUGAUUUAGUUUUUUUCGGAGAGAUGUUUUUUUUUUUCCUCUCUCCCUUCACGAUCAAAGAGCUGAGAAGAGGAAAUCAUCCACCCCUGCUUCCAGAAACCCUCCAGCGUACAAACGCCUGUCCUCAGUCCAUCCCAGAAAUCCUCACCGCAGCUCAACUGCUCAGCAUAUCACCUAACCUGACCUCUACUUGUGCUGUAUUUAAAAAAAAAAAAAAAAAACACAAUCCUUCGCAAUAUAAAUGAAUCACAGCUUUCAGAUGUUGAAGAAAUGCACUCUGCAUGUGAUCAUUUAAUGAGACUGGAAAAUGGAAUGGAAAUUCAAAUGCUUGGGAAAGAUGAGAGUAGAGAUGUAGUGUGUAUUCGCUCAGCCUUAAUCUGCUUUGCCAGUCAGAAGCGUUUUUUUGCUUAAAGGAAUAGUUCGACAUUUUAGAGAACGUCGGAAAAGACGAAGUUACAGGUCGUGGGAAGGAAACGAGUUAGAUAGGCUCUGUCAAAAGAAAACAGAAUCGACUUGCUAGUGUAAGAUGACACUUUCCCAUUAUAGUAGGGUUUAUGUAACUGUUCUUUGCAAAGAGCUGUAACUUCCUUCAGUCACCGCUGGUUUCCUGGCAAAGGCUCAGAGUUCAGAAAUAGUUCAUGGCCCUUUGUGUAGCUGCAAACUGUCCAUUUGCACACAAACAAAUUGAUACUUAACAUGUCAAUGCGUGGACUUCAGAGGUACCUUUGGACGGAGCCUGGCUAGCCGUUUCCCCUUGUUUCCAGUCUUUAUGCUAAGCUAAGCCAGCGAGCUGCUGACUGGAGCUUUAUAUUCAAGACACAGAAAGCAAAUACACGCAUUUCCCUAAAUGUAAAACUAUUCCUUUUAAGCAGAGGAAGGUGUGGGUUCUGCUAGCUAACCAAAGCAAGUUAUGAAAUUGUGGACAGAAGGCAAAAGCAGGAGACAACUAAAGAAAGAUAUUUGAAUAAGAACAGGUCAACGUUUCACUCGCGUGUUUUAUUUUUAAGGGCUUCAUCUUUCAGCAGCUGCUGGUGAGAUGAGUGUUCAUAUUACAAGGGUUUCAGCAUCUGGCAGUUUUAGUUUUUACAUGGGAGAAGACCACAGUUUGCCUUUUGUGUCUAUACAAAUGUGUUAUCGUGCUUUUUACUCAUCACAUUGGAGCAUUGUCUCAGUCUUUUGUUUUUUUUGUUUUUUUCGCUGUACAGAGAACAGAGUUGGGAGAAGCAAGUUGUCAAGUGCCAUAAGACCUUGAACUGUUUGAAUAGGGGAGGACCUCUGACCCCAGAACCCAAGCAAUAUUCACACGUUCACAACCCUCUGAGUACAUUUGCAGCAUACUGGCUUAAAAGCAAUAUUUAAAGCCUUUAUUUUCUUUCAGAACAACAUCAGAUAGCAUUUUUAAACAACACACAACCUUUUAGUAGUCCCUGAUGAUUUUACAUGAUUUUUAUAUUGUGAAAAGAACCUUUUUUUUUUUUUGUAAUGAAAUGGCACAGGAAAUAUGUAUGGUAGUGCUAAAAAAAACAAAAAGAUUUCUCUGCAAUCUAUAAAAGUGAAUGUUUGUGUCACUUAAGGCUUUUUACUGUCUGUUGUGUAGAAUACCAUAACUCCUGGUGUUCGUUUGGGCAAAAUAAUCAACUUACACUGCUGGAAAACUAAUUUCAGUCAUAGUGGCAUCUCAGAACAUUCGUAAUGAUUGUCGGAGAACUGUCAGAAGGAAAAAUGUUUUGUUUUUUAAAGACAGUGUUGUCAAAUUUUUACAUGUACCUCUCGCAUGAAAUCAACCUGUUAAUAUUCAUUCACUGGUGAGUAAUUAUUCAGUGAGACGUGUUUCCAAAACAAAAGGAAAUGAUUAAAUUAUAACGACCCUGUUAAUUCCAGAAGUACAUUUGUGACCACUGAAUUGUUUGUACAAUAUAUAAUAGAAUUUUAAUUGUUAUCCCUUUAAUGAUAUUAGUCGUACUGUUUAAAGGUAGCUGUUCAAAAGUGAAACCGAAUCUAAAAUUGUUCAACUUUAUUCACCGGCACACGACAAUAUAAUGUGCAUUUCCCAAUUUUUUUCACACAACAUAUUAUAUUUUACACAGAUGAGCUGUUUAUAUUAUUAGUUUUAAUUUCCUUGGUGAUUUCUGUUGACUUUCUAAGAGUAGGGGGAACAAUUCUUUGGGGUAAUGGUCACUUUAUAUUCAUGGGAAAAAAAAAACAGUACAGUCUGA